GGGCGGGGCCGCGGGCGCGCCGGCUCCGCCCCCUGGCGGCUGGCUCGGCGGCCGCAGCGGCGCAGGCUCAGAGCAGACUCCGCCCGCCGAGGAGGAGGGAGGGCCGCCGGUGUCGACAUGCUGCUGGAGGAGGUCCGCGCCGGCGACCGGCUGAGCGGGGCUGCGGCCCGGGGCGACGUGCAGGAGGUGCGCCGCCUUCUGCACCGCGAGCUGGUGCACCCCGACGCCCUGAACCGCUUCGGCAAGACCGCGCUGCAGGUCAUGAUGUUUGGCAGCACCACCAUCGCCCUGGAGCUGCUGAAGCAAGGUGCCAGCCCCAACGUCCAGGACAUCUCUGGUACCAGUCCAGUCCAUGAUGCAGCCCGUACUGGAUUCUUGGACACCCUGAAGGUCCUAGUGGAGCAUGGCGCCGAUGUCAACGCACCCGAUGGCACUGGGGCACUCCCCAUCCAUCUCGCGGUGCGGGAGGGCCACGCCGCUGUGGUCGGCUUUUUGGCAGCUGAAUCUGAUCUCCAUCACAGGGACGCCAGGGGGCUGACACCCCUGGAGCUGGCGCGGCAGAGGGGGGCUCAGGGCCUCAUGGACAUCCUGCAGGGGCACAUGGUGGCUCCGCUGUGACCUGGGGCCACCCUUUCCAGCAAGAGAACCCUGCUGGGUUAAAAAUCAGAAGAGGAGAGAAGAAACACUUUCUCUUCUCACUCCUCUUCCCGGAGGGGGGAGGAGCACCCGUUUGUGGCUUUAUUGGUGUUGAUUUCUGGGGUGCGUGUGUUUGGGGGACGUUUCUCGUUUGUUUUUCUCACCCCUUUCAGUGUGUUGGACAGAGAAGGGCUCCUGCAGGCAACAGCUGCCUAAACGGUUCGGUUUCCUAUGCGCCCCAGCCUGCUGGGGCCACAGACAGGGCCCAUGGGCAGACCUUUUAAAGCCUUAGCCCCAUAUUAAGGUCAUUGUCUCCAGAGCUCCUGGAACCUGGCGACCUGGGGCUGUGCUCAGAGUGACCUGAAGUGUGCGCACUGCUUCGGGCAUGGGGGUGGGGGGAGUGGUUCCAAAUCCAUAAGAGGGUAGCAUGAGUUCAUUCAUAUUUUGUUGGAAGCUUUUUCUCCAGUCUCUUGUACAGCGUUUUAAAAGAAAUAGAUUCUAUUUAUUAUGCUUUGUGGAAAAGUUGUUGCGUGUGAUAAUUUAAUGUUUUUACCCAUUAAAUUAAGACUUGUGCCUGAUCAGA